GCACUUUACGUUUCUUCUGCUGCAGCCGUUUGUACUGAAAUGCGGCGUAAGGGUUUCGCAGUCACAUUAGUUGUAUUGAGUUUAAUACAACUCACUUAUUUUGCGCACAAGCAGUUUAGAUUGAAGCAGUUAAACAUACGAGCGGACUCCGCGUUAAGGAGAGUUGAAGAGAACAGCAUAUAUUUGUUGACAGCGUUCAACAAUGUUUCGGUGACCAGAGAUAUUGCGGACACGGGGUUGAAGGAAAAUUUUGCCUCCAUUAAAGACCUCACAGAAACUUCGAGAAGGAAUUACGUCAGAAUUAAAGGAGUUCCGGAGAAAACGGGAGAAAACUUGGAGGAAAAGAUUGUUGAGUUAGCGGAAUAUAUCAACGUUCACAUUACACCCGAUGAUAUCGACAAAGCAAAUAGGAUUGGGACCCGCAUGAAAGGAGGGGGGAGAACUAUUGUUGUGCAGUUGUCAAACUAUAAGUUAAAGCAACGUUUGAUCCGGGAAGCAUCUUCCGCAUCCCGCAAUGUUGAGUUCACCAUCCAGGACGACAGCAGCACAUACUUGCUGCCACAAGCUCUUAAAAGUGGGACGGAUGAUAUAACGUCACAGAAACAUUGUGAAAGCUUGAAAGCGAUCAGUAAACCAGUCGUUCGAGCCAAAGGUAAAAAGAUCUUUGGUGCUUGGAUGCGAGAUCCAAUCUCUAAUGAAGUAGAUGGGACAAUAUGGGUUCUUCCACAUUUCUAUGAAAACAACAAAGUUGAAGAAUAUGCGACCAUCCGUGACAUGGCGCACAAGCGACCACGUACGACGUAUGAUCUUCCAUAUGAAUGGGCCGGCACCGGUCACGUGGUGUACAAUGGUUCAUUAUAUUACAACAAACGUAAUAGUAGUGUCAUGGUUCGAUACAACUUCCUUACAAGGGAUGUGGUGGUGGAGAAAUCGCUAGGUGGCGCAUGUUUCGGAAACACAGCCCCUUACCAGUGGUCAGGUUCGACUGACUUCGACUUCGCCAUCGACGAAUCUGGAUUGUGGAUUAUUUACGCAACAAUGGAAAAUGCCAUGGACAUUGUUAUUAGCAAGUUAGAUCCAGAAAGCCUUGAGGUUCUAAGCACUUGGCAAACUAAUUGGCGAAAGCAGUGGUCAGGCAAUGCAUUUAUGCAAUGCGGGGUGUUGUACGUGUUGAAGAAAUAUGACGAAAAAGUGACAAGCCUGGGUUAUUAUUACGACACAAACACGAAAAUCUACAAACAUAUUGACAUUCCGUUUUGGAACAAUUAUGAAUGGAACACAAUGUUGGCUUACAAUCCUAGCGAUAAACAACUAUAUGCGUGGGAUCAGGGUUAUCUGGUUAACUACAAUGUGACGUUUUGACGUAAAUUGUUGCGUAAUACGUCAUACGUUUCGUAAUACGAUAGGUCAUGCGAAAUGCCCUGCGUCGUGGGCGCUGGGAUGUUUAUGAUCAAUUUUUGGAAUAAUCUUUUUUAUAAAUUUGCUGGAGCCGUUAUAUGACGUUGCGUAAAACUUUUUUUUGCUACGAGCGUGUUAAAUUUUGUUAUAUAAACUAUAACUUGUUAACGACUAUAUUAUGAAUAUUCCGACUAAAGCGUAUGUGGAGGUUUUGUCCAGUUCGUUCUUCGGUUACGUAGUUUAAUCGUUAUAAUGCGUGUAGUUGUUUAUUUUUGUUAUAAAAGUUAAAAUAAA